CGGCGUACCGUGAGCGGACUUUAUGGAUCUAUAAUCGCAUAUUUGACGAGCGGAUAAAGGAGAGCGCUCCGAGGAUUUAACGCUCAACUACAGGACUUCUGAACGCAUUGAAUUUGGACACUUUCCCCACUAAACGCGGGGAACUGGAUUAAGCUUCUUCAUGCAACUUUUUUGGAAAGAAACCAAGAGCAUCUCACCGGGGAAUAUCAAAAAGAUCAGCAACUGUGACAUCGCGCUCUCUCCGGUAACUGCAGGUGUCACGUUCUCUUUCGGUCCCUCCGGGGAAAUGUACCAAGGCUUCCCGGGCGACCCAGACAACGGAUCCCGCGGAAGCUCGUCUCCAUCCAUAGAGUCCCAAUACCUUUCCUCCGUGGACUCCUUCGGGAGCCCGCCGACCACCAGUGCUCCGCAGGAGUGUGUGUCAGCGGGAGCUGGUUUGAGCAUUGCGGACAGUGGGCCAGGGGCCAGUGCUGGAGGGGAGAUGCCCGGUUCAUUCGUGCCAACCGUCACCGCCAUCACCACCAGUCAGGACCUGCAGUGGAUGGUUCAGCCGACCCUCAUCUCUUCCCAGGCCUCUGGACAGAGUGGGUCCACUGGUACCACAACCAUGACCCAGCCAGUUUCACUGGUUGACCCAUAUGACAUGCCAGGCCCCAGUUAUUCAUCGGGGUCUGGAUUUACUCCUCCAAGUUCAGACACUCCAGGCCCAGCACCGGGCCCCAUCCGCCAGUCCAGAACCCGUAGCCGCCGUACACGAGAAGAGUCUGUGAGUGAAGAUGGAGAUGUUGGUGUGUUACUUACACCUGAGGAGGAGGAGAAGAGGCGUGUUCGGCGAGAGAGAAACAAGCUGGCUGCCGCCAAAUGCAGGAACCGCAGACGAGAACUCACAGACAGACUGCAGUCGGAGACGGACAUACUGGAGGAGGAGAAGGCAGAGCUGGAAGCUGAGAUCUCAGAGCUGCAGAAGGAAAAGGAGCGCCUGGAGUUUGUCCUGGUGGCCCACCAACCGAACUGUAAGAUCCCAUACCAGGACCAACCUCAGCAGAGCUCGGCGCAGCUCCCUCCAGUCCAGUCCCAGCUCCCUCCCCAGAGCUUACAACCUCCUGUCUCCAUUGUGGGCUUGGCUGUGAAGGAGGACUCUUUCUUUCUGCCUCCUGCCUACACAGCCCAUCCAGCCUCCACACAGUCCCAGCCACCGGUUCAGCAGCAGCAACUCCAGCAGCAGCCUCAGCCAGGGAUAAUGCAGGAGGUAGAGUUUUCUCGUUCUUUCUAUGGCUCAAGUGAGCCAACACCAGGCGGGCCAUGCCUCAUGGCCAGCGACAGUGGUGGUGGUGGUGGUAACCAUGACGAUGCGGCCAUUGGCAGCUACAACACCUCAUACACAUCUUCAUUUGUGUUCACCUACCCAGAGGGAGCCUGCGGGGUCAGUGCCAACCAGCGGAACAGCAGUAGCGAGCAGUCACCUGAUUCCCUGAACUCGCCUUCGCUGCUGGCACUCUGACUGACCGACAGACACACGCGCACACAUAUCAACACAAACACACACGCUCGCUGGAAGUAGAGGCUGAGGCAAGCACAUGCACAGUACCUAUCAGUCUCACAGUUUGGAAAAAAAAAAACAGAAACCAAUCAUUUGUUCCUGAUUGGCUUAAAGUUUACACACUCUGAAAUACAUUCCAAUUAAGAGCCAUACAAAUAGUUGCACAUGAAUUAUAUUAGAGAUAACCUUUAACAUUGAGUUUAAACAAUAAAUCAUUUCUUGCUUUGAAUCAUCGGAAUACCUGCAACUGGACAACAUAAGUGAAUCGAGUCACAAAAUCAAGUCCAAGUUGCCAAUCGUAGGUGCUCUGAAUGAACAGGAUAAUUCACAAAGAAUAAUCUCAAUCUUCAACAUGUACAGUACAUUGAAUGAGGCACCACAAGCUCUCUUUACACUCCAACAAGCACCAGUGCCCCCAACUUGUUCCCUCUGUCGGUUGCCCCUUUUCCAGUGCUCUUGCUCUCAUCCUUUUCCAUCCUUUUCUUCCUCUUGCUGAAUGUAUUUGUGCAAACCUGAAAUAGGCACGAAGGACACUUUGUUCAGGGUCUUUUCUUGUGGGACAGACAGCUGAUUUCUCGCUCACCUCUAACCCUUCAUCUGCUCGACUUCCCUCUGCUUCUUCAUUUGCUGCUUGGACUUGGCAAGUUGGGGAUCUGAGUAUCACAGCCUCCACUAAAUCUUGUGCUUUCUUCUCUCGUUUAUAAAAAGUCUUCUGCCGUCUGCCUACCUGCGACCCAUCUCUGCCCAUCUCUGUUUCUCCUCUUCUGUCUCUGUGUUUCUCCCUCUCUCUCUGAAGUCUUCAACCCCCGAGAGCCCGAAGACACCCUCCAGCCCUUGGGACCUUGAGUGAAUGACGGCCCAACUAACACGCCCUUUUGCACCCUCUCAUAGAAGGACAUGGAUGCAACCCCCCCCCCCCAUACAGAAGAACCUUUUUCUUGGAGCACAUUGCUCAAAGCCGAUCCUUACAGUGAACAGCAGCUAAAUACUUUCACACACGCACAUAGAUGCAUAAUUGAUGAACGCAACAUGCAAGACGGAUGCCACUGUCUUCUGCUGAGCCAUUUUUCAAUGUUCACACAGUGAUUAGACACAUCUCGUGUUGUGAGGAUGGUUAAAAGUGAGGAUGGAGAGGUUUAGCAGGAAGGGAGGAAGUAAGUGCAACCCAGCUGGACAGACUCAAAUGGAGAGAGGAUGACUUCUAUCCUAAUAAUUGAUUUUUGCAACCAAAUGUUGAAAACAAAGAAAAGGUUAAAUGUUAAAAACAAAGCAAAAAAAAAAAAAAAAAAAGAGGAAGAAAGAAAAGAAUCCUGCUCUUGCCAAC